AUGGAUGAUGAGCCAACUGAGAGUUUAUGGGUCAGGAUCAGUGGGCAGACCAACACGGGUGUCUGCGAUAGGUCUCCUGACCAGGAAGAAGUGGAUGAGGCCUUCUUCAAACAGCUGGAAAAAGCCUCACAUUCACAGGCCCUGGUCCUCAUGGGGGACUUUAACCACCCUGCUAUCUGCUGGAAGGACAAUACAGCAGUGCUCAAGCAAUCUACAACAUUUCUUGAGUGCAUUGAUGACAUCUUUCAGCACAAUCAUGGCAACCGGGAGAGGUUUCUGAAGACAGGAAGAGAAGCAAACAUCACUCCUAUCUUCAAGAAGGGCAAGAAGGAAGAUACAGGGAACUAUAGGCUGGCCAACCUCACCUCAAUCCCUGGGAAGCUGAUGGAAAAAAUCCUUCUGGAAAGCAUUUCCAAAGAUCUGAAGGACAAGACAGUGAUCAGGACUUUGUUUCCUGGGGCCUUUAACUGUUGCACAAAAGUUUCAGAUGAAAUUCCCAAAGGAAUUCUCCGAAGAGUGGAGAGGUUCGAUAUCCAGAAGGCAGAUGGCCUGUGUCACCUAGAAGCUGUUAUUCUCUACAUAGAAGGCAGAAAGUUCUGUGUGAGCCCACGGAUUAGAAAAGUUAAAAAAUGGAUGAAGAAGAAUAAGCACAAGAUUCCCAGAAAAAAAUCUCAUGGUAGAAAGCAGAGAAGAACCAGAAUUAAAAAGAAAGAAAAGAAACAGUAA